AUGAUUGCCACGACCCCGCCCGUCAAAAAGGCCUGUGAUGCGUGCCAUCGCCGGAAGGUCAAGUGCUCGGGCGGGACGCCGUGCAAGAACUGUGGUGCCACCAAUCUCCAGUGUACAUAUCUCAGUAUACCGCAGAAGAAGGGUCCGAAGGGUUCGCGGGCCAAGGUCAUAUCCGAAAUUCGUGACACCCAGCAACACCAUCAGCAGCAACCACCACCACCAGCACCAUCACAACAUCAGCAAGCACCGCUCGUCACGCCUCCUGCUCAAAACCGCAAUGAGCCCAGCCCUUUCAAUUUCAACAGCCCACUCUCGUCGACUCUCGGAAGAACACCCGGCUUGCUCUCACGGCAGACCAUUGACGCCUGUCUUGCUUUCUUCUUCGAGCAUCUUUACCCCACGAUCCCGAUCUUCAGGCGAGAGAAGCUUUCCGUGUUGAUCUACGGACAUGAGUCGGUUCACCCAGACUCGUAUUGCUUGGUCGCUUCUCUGUGCGCUUUUGUCAUGGUGCAACCAGGAAUGACGCUCAACGUCUCGGGCGCUCUGGGAGAGUCAUAUGCCGGUGAGCCACCGCAAAAUCGAUAUGGCUUUGCAAGCAUGCUGCUAGAGGAUCUGUUGCGAGUGCGACAAGGCAUCGACUACGUCGACGAUCCCACCCUCAGCACCGUGCAGACAUCUUUCUUCCUAUUCUGCUCCUAUUUCACAUUGGAGAAGCAGAACUCGUGCUGGUACUACUUGCGAGAAGCUAGCACUCUUGCACAGCUGAUGAAAAUGCACGAAGAGUCGUCCUAUUUUGUCGGCGAUGCUGAAGAGAAUAUGCUCAAGCGUCGGACUUUCUGGUUGAUCCUGCUGACCGAACGUGCCUAUGCAAUGGAGCGUCACCGCACGUUAAGUGUACACCCCACCAUUGAGCUCCCAGCGGCCGAACAGGUCGAACAAGAGGUCGUCAGUGGCUUUGUCCACCUGACGAAACUGUUUUGUUGCAUCGAUGACGACUUCAUGGCCCUCUGGAACAAGACCAAGAGCGAAUGUUCGCCAGAGUGGUUGUCAGGCUUACAGCGGCGACUUCGCGACGUACUGCCACAAAACUUGGAUGCCACCGAGCAUCAAGUGGCCGACAUCCGGAUAACACAACAGUGGCUAAAGAUCAUGGUCUGGCAGCUGAGUGUAGCACAUGGUCAUAUCUCGUCGCAUUCACAGGAGCCUGCGUUAAGCUUCACCUAUCCCAUCGAGGUGGCCAGAGAUCUGGUGCACUUCAUCGAGAGUAUCAGUCUCGCAAGCAUGGAAGUACAUGGUGUUGGCUUGAUUGAGAAGCUAUUUGAUAUAGCAUGUACGCUCAUGGACGUGAUCACCUGCGUACCGCUGGACGCGUCUCAAAAUAGUUCCCAAUCUAACGAAUACUUGAGUGCGGUCUUGCAGCUUGUUGCGAAGCUCCGCGGCGGUGCCUCAAGGUACCUUCCUCUUCUGGCAGCCCGAGUUAAAGAAUUUCCCAACCAAUCGCCUCGAGCUCGGCAAAUGUCGCUGAGCAUCAAGCAAGGCUAUGCGGGCGCCAGUGACCAUCUUCCCACACCCCUAAUGCCAGACACAAACGGAAAUCCACACUUCGCCAAUCUCGAGCUGGACAUGCGACCAAUCCAUCGUCCUGCCAUGGAUGAGCAGGCCCUGAUAUUCGAUGCGUAUAGCUCAACCACGCAGAAGGCACAAACACCUACAGAUGUAUCGCGAUCACCAAACCACGCGAGAACGCCCAUUACGCCCGAUGUUUACGGCCCACCAGGAUUAGGACCAUUGCCCCGUAACGUGGUGACCGGCAGUAAUAUGUACGGGCACUAUCCUGGGUGA